AUGAAAGUCAUCAUCCAGCGUGUGAAGUCCGCCUCUGUGAGCGUCGGUCAGGAGGAUACCGAAAAGGAAGCGGAGACCAUAGUCAACAAGGUGCUCAAGGCCAAGUUCUGGCCGAACGAGAAUGGCGACCAGUGGAAGAAGAAUGUCCAGGAGAUUCAGGGCGAAAUCUUAUGUGUCUCCCAAUUUACCCUCUACGCCAAGAUGAAGAAAGGCAACAAGCCAGAUUUCCACGACGCCGCCAAACCCGACAUCGCACGCAAAAUAUACGACCAUUUUUAUGAAAAGAUGAAAACCUCUUAUGUCCCUGAGCGAGUCAAGAACGGUGUCUUCCAGGCCAUGAUGGAAGUCGAGCUCAAGAACGACGGGCCGGUGGGUGUUGAUUAUCGCAGUGAAGACGCGGCGGUUACGAUCGAAAUCAACACGAACCUCCCCAAGAAAGAACCGAAGCCCAAGGAAGGAGAUAAAGAUGAGAGCGAGGCAGGCUCUGGGCCUACACAGACCUCCUUUGAGUUCCAAAUCCCUCCAGAAUUAUUGCAAUGA